UGAUAAGUGAGAAAAAAUGAUUGGGCGUCGUUUGUGUCGUUGAAUAGCUAUUGGACAUCUGCUUUUGUCUGUUGAAAACUCGCGGUACGCCAAUUUUGGUUGGAUGCGCUAAUUUGAGCGGCAAAUUAAUUUGUUUAGAUUGUGAAAAUACAUAAUUAUGUCUGUGUACUUAGUGAAUCCGUAAGUAUAAAUAAUUUGAAAUACCGUAAUAGCGCUAUAAAUUAAUCAUAUGAACUUUCAGAACCACAGAAGAAGAAGAAGAAGAAGAGGAUAAUCCGACCGAAGAGGUUUCUAACGCCAUUACCAUAUCUGUAGAAGACAACAAUCAAUGUAAUGUUGAUAGUUUAAAUCAAUUUUGGCCAAAAGUGAUUGAGGAUAUUAGAAAAAUUGGAAUAGUAAUACAAUCUACCAUAUGCACGUCUUUGUUAUAAAUAAUGUAUCAUUUUUUUAUUGUUUAGUUAGACUUAAAAACACAAGCACUACCAUUAGCUAGAAUAAAAAAAGUAAUGAAAUUAGAUGACAAUGUAAAAAUGAUAAGUGCUGAGGCUCCCAUGUUGUUUUCAAAAGCUGCAGAAAUAUUCAUUAAUGAAUUAACACUGCGUGCAUGGAUUCAUACUGAAGACAAUCGACGACGGACUUUACAGAGAAAUGAUAUUGCUAUGGCAAUUACUAAAUAUGACCAGUUUGAUUUUCUUAUUGAUAUAGUGCCUCGAGAAGAGGCAAAAAUUGUUACGAAAGGUGUAUCUGAAAUUAAGACAACACUGAAUCCUGAACAAGUAAUUGUAUAAUUUUAUUAGAUUCAUAAGUUGUUAAAAUUUUGAAUACUUAUUUUUUGGAUUCCAUUAUGAAAAUUAGUGUGUAUAUUAUGAUGCCAAACCAUCUUUUUAAAGUAACCGUAUCACAUUUAAAUAAUUAUUUAUUAAUUUGAGGUGUACUACGGUUGAUUUUGUUAGUUACAUUAGAUAAUUAAAAACUAGUUUACAUAUUGUCUCCUCUGUAUUUAUGAAAAUUAUUAAAGUUUAAUAAUGACAAUUUGUUUCAUGUAAUCUCUCUCCCUCUUUCUCUUGGUAUUCACCCCUUAAGGUUGGUUUUGUAGUUGGACAUGCUCUCUCCAUUCUUCCCUGUUCCCAGCUAACCUCUUCAGUUCGGCGUAGCUUAAAAGUCUAACAUCAAAAAACAUUUGUUUGACAAAUGAAGUUCUUGGAUGUACUUUGCCCCUUUUACCUUCCAUUUUCCCUUCUAUUAUUCUGUAGAUAAGCUCAUUUUCGUGCCUCAAUAUAUGACCAAUCAUGUUUCAUCAUCUUGUUCUGAUGGUUUUGAGUAUCUCUCUGCCUUCAUCUAUUUCACUGAGUAUGCUUUCAUUGAUACGGUGUUUUAUCCAACUGACUCUCAGCAUUCUUCUCCAACACCACAUUUCCAAGCUUUUGAGUGUUCGUUGUUUUGCAUUAUUGAAUAUCCAUGUUUCACAACCAUAUAGUACCACACUGCAUACAUACACUUUAAUGAAGUGUUUCCUCACUCUAAUAAUCAUGCUAUUGGAGCAUAACAAAUUUUUCUUAUUUAUAAAUGCUGACUUCGCCUGUGCGACUCUAGAUCUUAUUUCCAUGGCGCAUCUUCCAUCUUGAUUGAUUAAACUGCCUAGGUAUUUAAAAUGUUCCACUUGUUCGAGCAGCUAAUUUCCUGUUUGGAUAUUAAUUCUACGGAUUCGGUCUGAUUUUAGGUACAUCAAACCUUUAGAUUUUUGCUAGUUGAUAAUCAGAUGAUAUUUUUGGAAGCAUCUCACUUUCCAUUUCUUCCAGUGCUCUUUCCAAAUUAUACUCAUUGUUAGCUACAGGUGCAAUAUCGUGAACGAAUCUUAAGAAAGAUAUUAUUUCUCUACCUGAUUUUAUGUCUAUUUUAUUUCUGAGAAGUGUUCUUUAAUAGGUUGUUCGACAUAAAUAUUAAAUAGGGUUGGCAAGAGUGGACAUCAUUGUCUUACACUCUUCCUAAUUAUUGCUGUCUCUGUUUUUUCUGUAACUUUUAUUGUAGCUAAUUGGUCUUUGUAUAAAUUAUAUAUUAUCCUUCUAUCUCUGUUGACAGCCCCUAUUCCUUCUAAAAUAUAGAAUAGAUCUUUCCAUAUGGUACCUUAUCGAAAGCUUUUUCCAAAUCUAUAAACACUAUAAAUGUGUCUUUAUUAAAUUCUAUUUGUUUUUCUCGUCUUGUAAUUCUGUACUCACAUUUUGAAUAAGUUCCAUUGCUAUGUUGUUUAUACCGGUUACUUUACCUAUUUUCAUCAAGUUUAAAGUUUUGUUGAAUUUGUGUCUUAAGAUUACUUCCCCUUGCAUAUCUGGAUAUUAUUAUUAUUAUUGAGACUAGCUGCUUCUUCUUCCUGGUAUAGAACUUCAAGAUAUUGUUUCCAUCUUGUUGCUAUUUUGUUGUUGUCCAGUAUCAAGUUUCCAUCUAUGUCUCUUAUUCUGCUAUUUAGUUUUGUUUCUCCUUGAAAGAAUUUCUUAAUUAUGUUAAAUGCUUGAUCCAUCCUGUUAUUCCUAAGCAAUUGUUUCACUUCUUGGCACUUUCCUUCUAACCAUUUCUCUCUUGCAAAUUUUGCCUCUCUAUUAAUUUUGUUCUUUAGCUCUUUAUGUCUCCAUAUUCCAUGAUUAUCCUUGUUUGUGUUAAUGUUAAUGUUUAUUCAUGUUAAUAUAAUAUACAAAUAAAAUGAUAUUCAAGGAACAUAUUAUUUAAUACUUAUUUUUAUUUUAAUUUAAGGUUCAGUAUUAUUUUCAACUUGCUCAACAACAACAGCAACAGCAACAACAAACAAAUAGUGCAUCAGCUUCUAGUACGGGACAGACAAUACAAAUCUUACAACCAGUAGUACCCAAUCAUGUAGUCACUUUGGGAAAUGGUACACAAGAUCAAGUAAAUAUGGAAAAUGUAAGUAGUAUUAAAAUCAACAGUAUGGAAAAUAAAUCUUCUUUGCCAAACUUUCAAGUAUAAUUUCAUAUAAUUCUUAAUCUCAAACAUUGGACUUGCAUUUUUAUAAUUAUUAUUGGUAAUAUUGCCAGUUAAUUGUAUAUUAUUUACAAUAAAAUAAUAUUUUUACCAAAAAUAUAUAAUAUUAUUUGGUUUUCAAUAAAAACAUGAAACGCUCAUUACAAAAGCAACAGCUAUUUUCUUUUGAAAAUGCAUUGAGUAUACACAAUGUACGUAUGGUUUUUUCAUAAAAAAUAUUGGAAUAAAUUUUAUGAAAAGACUAUUAGGUGUAUGCUGUAUAACUGCAUAAUUGAAAUAAUAUAAACUGAAACUGGAGUGUUAUUAGGAGAAAUUUUAAUUCCAUAUUAAACUAGUAUCAAGUUAACUAAAUAUCCAUGUAUAAAAUCAUUAUUACAUUUUGUUGAAAAAUAAUAAAAGAUAUGACUAUUAGAUAAUUGAAUAAAUUACUACAAUUACUAAAAAUAUUUGAUUUGAUGUUCUUAAAAAAAUAUAUAUAUUAUGUAUUAUAUAUUGUUUGUUAGAUUUCAAAUAACUCAUCAAACAUUACAACAAGUACUUCAACCACAGUAACUGGUAGUCAGCCACAAGUUAUACAGAUACAAAAUAGUACUCAAACAAUGAAUACAAAUACAAAUGGUGUACUUCAACUAGUACAACAAAUUCUUACUCCAACAGGAGAAAUACAACAUAUACCUGUGAGUUUUCAUUUCAAGUUAAUAUAUUUAAUAUACUACUGUUUUUCACUACUGUGUAUAAUAUUUAUGAAUAAAAAAUAGUUAUACAAACAUAAUUUAUAUAUUAAGUAUGAUGUAUUAUCUACUAAUAAAAUGUAUUUAUUUGUUUAAUUAAACCAAUUUUUAAAUAUUUUUUAAUUAGAUACAGUUAAGCUCUAAUCAAAUGCAAAUGCUUCGUAUGCAAGUUCAAAAUUCACCUCAAACUCAACAAGUUCAAGUAGUUCAAGCACAACCUCAAAUUAUACAGGUGAUAUAAAUAAAUUAUAGUAAAUUCAUAUUUUUAUUGCUAGAAAAUUAGUGAAUUGGUUUUAAAGUGAUUUUGUUUUUUCUCCAAGGUGGGUCCUCAAGCUAACGGACAUACGCCAGUCUACAUAUCUCAACCAAAUAUUAAUCCUUCUACAAGUACAGAGUAAAUUUUUGUAAAUAAAAUGAUAAUAUAUGUUCAAUAGAUAAUUAAUUUUACCAUUUUAUUUCUAAUUUAUUUAAAUAACUAAUUUAAAAAACAUUCUUAACUUUAUUGUUGUAUAUAUAUAUAUACCAAAUAUUAAUCCUUAUACAAGUACAGAGUAAAUUUUUGUAAAUAAAAUGAUAAUAAAUAAUAAUAUAUGUUCAGCAAUUAGUUAAUUAAUUAAGAAAACAUGUUCUUAACUUUAUUAUUAUAAUUAAUUUAUAAAUCUAAUUAUACAUUUUAUUUAAUGUAUAUACAACACUGGGGCUUAUAAAAUAAAAGUAACUGCAUUACCUAAAACUUUGACUGGAAACUAAGUCUUAUUGAUAUGAGAAAAUUUUUCACGGGAAAAAUAAUGUCCUUUAUUCUAACCUCAAGUACUGGAUAAUAUGAUAAAAAUAAGUAAUUUUACCAGAGAAAUAAAUAAAUCAUAAUUUACACUCAAUUUAUAUCAUUUUUAGAAUUUUAAAGUUACAAUAAAAAAAAAAAAAAAGAACUUAUUAAAA